AAAUACAAGUUCGACACACUGAAACAGUGAAUACACCAUACAAAGUUUGUAAUCUGUCAAUCAUAGAGAAACAGGCGGAGUCAGCCGGUCAGCCGCUAGGUGGCAGCAGUAGACGAGUAGUACUAUCAACAAGAAUUAAUAGACGGGAAAUCGUGGCCGAGUACAAACUUUAACCAUGCUGCCGCACAGAACAGUGCCAGCACUGGCAUUUGGAUUAUUAAAUAUACUGCUAUUCAUUUCAACGGUCUCAUCCAACGGAGCCUUUGAACUCAAUCUACAAAACUUUAAAAAUGACAAUGGAUUUAACUCUGAUGGACAUUGCUGCAAUGGAAUUUUAUCAAAUGGAAAAUGUACUUCACCCUGCAAAACCUUCUUUAGGAUAUGUUUGACCCAUUAUAUGACAAAUAUAGAUGCUAAUACAGCAUCUUGCACAUUCGGGGAAGUAACAACACCAACAAUUGGAGAUAACUCAUUUACUUUCCCACCAAGUAAAGGAACUGGAUUUGUAAAUCCGAUUAGGAUACCAUUCGACUUUGCCUGGCCGGGGACCUUCUCUCUUAUUGUCCAGGCAUGGCAUGAUAGCACUCUUGAUGGACCCAGUAAAGGCUCACCAAGAGAGCUGAUCAGCCAGCUCGCCAAGCAGGCAUCUCGUGAGGUAGGGCCUCAUUGGAGCCAAAAGCAUUACCAUAGCGGCUCAUCUGACCUCUUCUAUCGAUACAGAGUUGUAUGUGACGAACACUAUUACGGCAACAAAUGCACUGAAUACUGCAAACCGAGAGACGAUAAAAACGGACACUACACAUGUAAUGAUGAAGGAGAGAAAGUCUGCUUGGAUGGCUACACAGGGGCAUACUGCAACGAAGUUAUUUGCCUUCCUGGCUGUCAUCCAGAACAUGGAUUCUGCUCCAACCCAAGCGAGUGCAAAUGCAAGUUUGGGUGGCAGGGUACCCUCUGUGAUGAAUGUAUCCCUUACCCUGGGUGUCAACAUGGCACAUGCAAGGGAACAGCAUGGACCUGUGAGUGUGAUGAGGGCUGGGGUGGCAUCUUCUGCAACCUAGAUCUCAACUUCUGCACCCAUCAUCAACCAUGCAAGAAUGGGGCAACUUGCCACAAUGCCGGUCAGGGCAGCUACAUGUGUUCCUGUCCUCCAGGGUAUUCUGGCAAAGACUGCGAGAUCCCAAGUGACUGUACAGCAAUGGGCCAGCAGUGUCAGAAUGGUGGAACUUGUGAAGGAAGAGGUGGAGAAUUCAACUGCAAUUGUCCAACUGGUUUCUUUGGUGAUAGAUGCCAAUAUAUGCAACAAUCUACUUGUUCUCCAAACCUUUGCCGCAAUGGAGCCACAUGCACCAAGCCUGAUGAUAGUCCAUCAUAUGUCUGUAUCUGCCCCCCUGGAUUCACUGGCAUCAACUGUGAGCGCAUCAUCAGCCACUGCGACACCAACACCUGUGAAAAUGGUGGCACCUGCAGCACUAUUAAUGAUGGCUUCCUGUGCUCCUGUCGUCCCGGAUAUGAAGGACAGCGUUGCGAAGUCAAUCUUGAUGAGUGCAGAAAUAAUCCAUGCACAAAUGGUGGAAGCUGCGUUGAUGGUGACAAUUCAUUCAAAUGUCAUUGUAAGCUUGGCUACACAGGAUCGUUGUGCAAUAUUGACAUUAACGAAUGCGAAAUGAAUCCUUGUGCAAAUGGCGGCACAUGUACAGAUUUGGAAAAUGACUUUAGUUGCAAGUGUACCCCAGAAUUUACUGGGUAUCGUUGCGACCAACACAUUGGUGAUAACCCCGAUGUUGGUAUAACACAACACAGUGGCGGUAUUACUAACAGUGGAUCUGGCACAGCAGUGGAUAUUGAUACAACACUGGAUAAUGUUGUAACAGACUUAACUACAACAGAAAAUAGUGAAAAUAGUGGCAACAGUGGUGCCAUUAUGGACAAUAACUCUGUAAUAACUGAUGCAAGCUUUCUGACAAUGCAGCAACUAUUGCUUAUCAUCUGUCUUGGAGUAGGCAUCCCAAUAGUCAUUAUCAUAGUGUUGAUCAUCAUACUUUUAUGCAAAAGAUCAAGAAGAGAAAAUAGAGACAAUACUGAAGAUACUAUUAAAAAACAAAAUGAACAAAACCAUAUUAAUAAUCUGAAGAAUAAGUGCAUAGACACUGAAAUAAUACACAGUAUUCCACCAAGUAAAAUGUGCAUUAACUAUAAUGUAACAAAUGAGCAACAAGACUCUAAAAUAUAUAAAACAGUGAACAUUCAAAACACUAAAACCUGUAAUAGCAAAAGGAUAAACACAGACUAUAAUUCUUCUACACAACAGGAUUCUAUAGAAAAUACAGACUUUGAAAAACCACAUAAAAAAGUGUCGGAGCAUGAUACUGUAUCCAUAGACACAGAAGUAGACAUAAGUGAAUAUCAAGCUGAUGUCGAAGAACUGAGAAAAAGCCAAACUAAUAAAGACACUUUAGACAGUCCAUUACACCAAAAAUUAGCAAAAAAUCACAACAGACAGCAUCGACACACAGAUACUAUGUUAGCCACUGAAGUGUAGUGACACGCCAAAUUUACAGAUCUAUUUAAAUUAUAUUAUUUAUAAAAAAUUGUAAUAUAUAUUGUACAUGUGCCUUCUUUUGUAAAAAGAUGCAAUAUAAAAAGUAAACAAAAACAUUUUCUACAAGAAAACUAUAAUUAUUAAUAUGUGAAAAUCAUAGAGAUUUUUCGAGAUUAUUUAAAUUAUAUGUACAGUAGAUUCAAUGUGUUGAGAUCAGGGCUCAAAGCCUAUUAUAUAAAUAUUAUGCAAUUCAAAAUUGAAUUCUCCAUAAGACAUCAUGUAUGAUGAUCACUCAAUACCAACUAGACAGAUCAUCAUUCCUUACAUGGUGUCAGAUGUAGAUACAGAAAGCAAUAAUAACACAGAAGGAAAAUUCAUUCUAAUUCAAAUAGAAUCAUUCUAUGUAGCAUACCAGGCUCUAACCAUGAAGAUAUCACAUGAAAAUCUAUUAAACGAGGCAAGUUUAUGAAUGUCGCAAUAUGAUAUAAUGCUAGGCAUAUUUCAUACUUCCAUUUGGCGAUAAUUGAUUGAUUUCCGAAUGAUAUCUUUAUGAGUUAGUGCCUGUCUAUCGUCUCUUUAAUUCACAGUGGUCGCUGAAAAGAAACAUUUCCCUGAAAGCUCUAUGGAAUCAAUGAAUUUCAUUGUUUUUAUGGUUAAUAUAAAUACAGCCAUUGUGAAAGAAAGAAAGGGUAGGGCUAAGUAAAGGCAGCAUUCUUCAUGUGUAAACCAAUAUACAGAUCAAUCAUAAUGGUCACUUACCAGAACACAUUAUAAUAGUAUUCUUUUAUUGGAUAUGUUCUAAUGAAAUUAUUCUGAAUGGCUUAAAAGAUCCAUCUGUUUUAGCCUGGAGUGUAUUUUUAACACCUGUCGAUUAAUUUUUUGUAAAAUUUGGUGAUUUGAAUACUGCAACCAUAGUAACAGUGUACUGUAGUCUUAGUUGACAGUGGAACCCAUGCAAAGACACUAAUAUUUAGAGGGAGUUUCACUGACCUAAAGUGUAGAUUUUGGAUUUUAUGAUGUGUAUAUAAUUGGUAUAUAUAUUUAAGCCCAGCCUCUUAUUCAGAACUAAGUCAGAAUAAUUGUGUGGAAUUGUUUGAAUCAAAUGUGUUCCAAUAAAACUGCCAUGACAGAACUGGCGCAUAAAAUCUACGCACUAGAUUUAUAGUUUUGCAUAUUUUCAACACUAGCCUUGUCAUGAGUUCAAUAAUGUCGAAAGGCAGAAAUAUUAUAAGAGGCUGGAGAAAGCCCUUUAUGUAAAAUAUCUCCAUGUACAGAAAAUAUUUAUACUGAAAAAGUAUUGUGUUAAAACAAUACUUGAAAAUGGUGCAAUGUUUAAUGUAACAGAAUUGAAUAUUUAUGCUAUGCACAGUAUCAGUACAACCUUUCCCAAAAUACAGCAUUAUUUAUUAGCAUAAUUUAUUCAUUGUGGAUAUCCCACAAUGCAACUGGGUUUAUCAAUGUUAUACAAGACAUAAUAUAUUGCAAAUUAUUUAUUAAUAUUUAAGAAAUUGAUGUUAAUUAAGCUAACUUUGUUUGUAUAUCUUAAUAUUUGUAAUACAAUCUGUAAAACAUUUUAUAACUUCAGUUGAGUCUUUAUUACAUUGCUGACUUUAACAUCUAUAUUAACUAGGCUAUAGGAUAGUUAUUACUAUUUUAAUUUAUUGAUUUUAAACGAGCAGGAUGUUAUGAUCUAUAUUUAACUGUUGGCUGUAUAAGGGAAAGGUUGGAUUGUUAUCUGCGCUAAAAAUGAACGAAUUCUAAGAUCUCAAAACUCUUGGUACCCUUACAAAAAAUUAAUGAAAUUUGAGUGGAAAUAUCUAGAAACAGCUUGUGUUCAUCGAGAU